AUGCCGUCUCUCCUUGACCUCAAUUCGGAGAUUCUUCUCGCUGUUCUGCUCGAGCUCGACGUACGAAGCAUACUGGUUUGCAAGAGGGUUAACAAACAAUUCCGAGCACUGGCCGAAUCGAGCGCAGUGCAAUACAAACACCAGCUGUCCUUCGCCGCUGCUGUGAACGGGGUGACAUCGCGCAGCCCCGGCUCAAAGGACCGAUUACAGGCUCUCAAGGAGUACCAGUUCGCAUGGCGCACUUUUCAGCUGCCGGUCAAUCCAACUUUUUCGAGCACGGAAACUCCUACGGCGGGGGUUUACCCCUUCCGUCUCCUAAAGUUUAGCGGCCCUCUCAUUGCUAUGUACAUCGGAUCCGAGCUCAAGCUAUACUGCUUGGGCUCACCGAAACGCCGUGUUCAGGCUAUGACAUGGUCUACGCAACUUGCUGUUCUCGGUCAAAAACCACUGGUGGGCGCGAGCGACCUGAGAGAGAACGUCGUAGCAAUCUGCGGAGCAAAAAUCGGCAACGAAAGCUCAUUCCGUUGCAAUCUGGUGACUCUUCUCCCCGACGGGUCGAUAAGUCACCAUCCCCAGGCGACACAAGCCGUCUUAGAGAUACCAGGGCUUGACUCCCCGGAGGAUAUCGUUCAAGCCGACAUGCUUGGGAAUAUCUUGGUCAUAUCGGUACGCGGACAGUCUUCAUCCCUAUACGUCCUGGAUUGGAAGACGGGUGAAGUCCUAUUGAACCUGCUCCUGAUAGGCUAUCGAGCCGAGGUGUCCAUUCAUGCCAUCGACUCUACCCGCGGCCCAGAUCGCAGCGUCAUCCCUCUAUGUGCACUACUACCCCCGCCGCACGGCUUCCGUAUAGAGAGCAUCCCAUCUCAACCAGUAUCGUCGGCCACAGAUGACGACGGCCUAUUCCAUUCCGACCCCCAAGCCGCCCUCUUCGUGCUGCACUUCAGAUGUCCAUUUCGGUAUCGCGAAGACAUGGACUAUGUGCUCUGCAUCCCUCGCGCAGCCCUACUCGCAAACAUCGGCCUGUCCCCCGCGACGGCGACAUCGCCUCCGACCGUCAGCACCCGCCACCUGUCGUGGGAGGACUGGUCGCGCGGCGGGGACGUACUCGCCUGCAUCGGCAUCCACACGACGACGCACGCGGAUAUUGCGGUCGCCGCCUGCGGCUCGCGCGUCAGCAUCAUCUUCAACAUGAUCCGCGCGAUUGGUCCACCUGCCGUGUCGAUCACCGCCGUCUACGUGUUCGAGAUGCAUCGCUGGGCGUGGGCCCGCGACGGCAUCGUGGCGCGCGCACCCGGGACGGUGCAGCACUUCUUCAACUUCAAGGUCUUGCCGCCGUUCGGGCUCGUGCGGCCGCAGGAUCCGCUUCCGUACCGCAUCUCCAAACAAGACGUCGUGUACGAGGAUAACCAGUGGCAGCGCCCGUCGCAUCGGAAGUUCGUGGUGCUGCUGGAGGACACGGUAGCACUGGUGCCUGAUCCCAGGCGCGCGGUGCAGUUUGAUCGUAUGUUUGGCGGAACCUGCGCGGCUGCUCUGUCGGGUGUCGACGUGUUGCUUGGGGCCAUCGCUGAAAAGGACACUGGGGGAGGGGUAGACACAACGUCGCGCGUGUACAUGCAUAAACACUUCACUGGUGGCACGCGUAAUAAGCACGCGUACCACACCCGGGGGUAG